AUGAGAAAUGGUGUCCGAGUGUGCAACAAGCUGAUGGCCAUGUGGGGCUGCGUGGACGAUCCUCACUGUGACUGCGGCGAAAUGCAGAAGAUGCAGCACAUAAACGAGUGUGAAAGUUAUGGUUUUCGGGACGGUUCACUAGAGGAUCUGCAUAGACUCACAGACCGUGCAAUUCUUGGCAUUCCGCCGCCGCCGGGCGCCGGCGAGUCGUCCGCGGCGGGUGGGCUGCUGCCGCACCAGUCGCGCUCCUACCCCAGCGGCGGCGCCAGGCUCGCCAGGACGCCCUCCGUGUCCUCGCAGGGCAGCCUCGACUCCAGCCUCUCCAGACAGAUCCGACCGCAGCAGCCGCGCGGUUCCGGACUGAGCCGCUGCCUGUCGCCGCUGCUGCUGUCGGCGGGGCCCGGCACGCCGCCGCCGUCGCGCGAGCCGCCCGCCUCGCCGCUGGGCGCGCUGCAGCCCGACCUGUACGCGCGCCGCGACGGCCCGCUCUUCCUGGACGCGCGCACCCGCGGCCGCAGCCUCGGCCGCCUCCACCUGCGCCUGCACUACGACUUCGACAAGUCCGACCUGCACAUACACCUCAUCGAAGCACAUGACCUUGCAGGCAGUGAACAAGGUGGCUUCAGUGAUCCAUACGUUCGACUCAGUCUUGUGCCACCUGUAGACAACCGUAAAAGACAAACAGCCAUACACCGUCAUGAUCCAAAUCCAUUUUUUAAUCAGCAUUUCAAAUUCCCUGUAUCACACCAGGAUUUACAGGAAAAAACACUUGUAUUGCAGGUAUUUGACUAUGACAGAUUUUCUCGGAAUGAUGUAAUAGGUGAAGUCAGGAUGUCAAUGGAAGAUCUAGAUGUGACAUCUAGUGUUGAAGUGUGGGGUGAAAUCAGCAAGCACAAAAAGCCUCCUGAAGAAUUACAAGAAGUUCUGCUGUCGCUCAGUUACCUUCCAUCUGCCGAACGCCUAACUGUUGUUUUGCUGAAGGCCAGAAAUCUUUUCCUACCUCCAGAUAAGGACACUGUUGAUCCAUUUGUGAAGGUGUACUUGCUAAAUGGUGGUAAAAGAGUGAAGAAAAAGAAGACUGCAGCAAGAAAAUCAAACUGCAAUCCAGUAUGGAAUGAAGCUCUAACUUUCAAUGUGGCAUCAAGCAUUUUACCACAGACUGCUGUAGAAGUAUGUGUGAUGGACCAAGGCAAUGAUCUCAUUGGACACACUCCACUUCUGGGAUGUUGUGUAAUUGGUCCACAAGAAGAGGGUCCUGAGCAAGAUCAUUGGAGAGAUAUGACCCAAAGUCCACGAAAGGCUGUGGCAAUGUGGCACACUCUCAGAUAGAUAUAUCAAGACAGGAUAUCUACCUUCAACAUAUGAUUUCUCACUGGAUCAGCAAAUAUGUAU